CCGCGAAUCCCGAGGCGGCGAGGCACGGGUAGUUUUGGCUCGGGGAGGUAAUGCCCUGGAGGGCGGGGAACGCGGAAGAGGCAGAGGCCGGCGCGGAGGAGGCGGGCGCAGAGUGCGGCCCGGAAGAGUCCCACCCGGAGGAGCCCGGCUCCCAGCAGGAGAUGGAGGCUGGGCGGCCGCGGCCGAUGCUGCGCUCAGUGAACACUCGCGAGCCGUCCCAGGUCAUCUUCUGCAACCGCAGCCCGCGCGUGGUGCUGCCCGUGUGGCUCAACUUCGACGGCGAGCCGCAGCCCUACCCGACGCUGCCCCCCGGCACGGGCCGCCGCAUCCAUAGCUACCGAGGUCAUCUUUGGCUCUUCCGAGAUGCUGGGACAUCUGAUGGGCUUCUAGUUAACCAGACUGAGCUGUUUGUGCCAUCUCUCAAUGUUGAUGGACAGCCUAUUUUUGCAAACAUCACACUGCCAGUGUACACCCUGAAAGAGCGGUGCCUCCAGGUUGUGCGAAGCCUAGUCAAGCCUGAGGAUUACAGGAGACUGGACAUCGCGAGAUCCCUCUACGAAGAUUUGGAAGACCACCCAAAUGUGUGGAAGGACCUGGAGCGGUUGACCCAGGAGCAUAUUGAAAAUCAGCGGAUGGCAGAGGAGACUGAAGAUUUUAAUUGAAAUUUACACUCCUGGGUCUCGGUUUUUGACAGUCUUGACCAGUCUUGAUCUCGACCUAGGACUGGUCACUUUUUCUCGGCUUCACAGUGUCUCAUUCUUGGAGUCAAAAAGCUCCAUUGCUUAAAAGAAAGUUAACUGACCUCACUACUGGGCCCUGUGAUGUUUAAGGGCAAAUAUCGCAAAAUGUAAUUUAAUGCCUGUCCCUUCUAGAAGUAUUUAUGAAGGGAAAGUAGUUGCAUUUUUGCCUCCUAGUGAGUCAGGAAAGUUUCUGUGUAAGGACUUUUGUGUAAGUAAUUCAGUGAGAAUUGUAGCUUAUUCUUGAGUUGUAGGAAAGCAGUGGCGUCUGCUUUUCAUUCCUGUAUUGUGGUUGGUGAUGUGCCCGCGUCCCGCACUGAGAGACCAGGAUGUCCUUGGGGCCGGGGCAUAGCGGUCUGCUCUUUGAGACUCCAGUGCCUCGCACGUUAUGAGCCUUCCCUCAGUGUUUGUUGAAUGAACAAACCAGUGGCUACUUUGGUAGAAAGUGUUAGAGGUUUUCACCCUUUUUUUUGAGGGCGGGUGGUAGUGGGGACCUUAAAGUAUAUCAGUAAACAUAUGUUUUAAAGGGCAUCAAUUUUAUAGAAAGCAGUUUUUAUCAUUUUCUAAAUUGUGGCUUUUCUCUGCCCACUGUUGUCGCAGGGCUGUUUUAUUUCUGUUUCUAAGCCAGGAUUAGCUUUCUACAGUUCUUAUUGAUGAUAGCUUUUUUGAAACUUGCUAUGUGCACAGAAGAUAGGAGAAAAUAGCCAUCCCCUUGUUUGAUCAUAGUAUUAAAGAGCUACUCCCGUACUAUAAAUAGGUUUUUGCCAAAUGUGGGUACUUCUGUUCCUUUUUGUAAAUCCUUGACAUUUUUGUUCGAUUCAGCAGUUUUUCAUCAGGCAGGAUCUGGUGACAGUUUGCAUCUGGCUGGAGGAGAGGACAAAGCCCUCCAGCCUCUCGGGAGUUACUGCUAACACACCGUGGAUUCAGAGGGUAGCCUGGAAUGUUUUCUAAUUUUAUACAUGUACAGAUCCUUUCCGAUAGGCUGGACGUAAAUUCAUUAACUCAAGUUCAAUACUUCUAUCAGGAGUCCUUUUUUGGUAGCUAAUCGUUAAAAAAACCAAAAAACAAAAACCAAAACUCCCCAGUAGAGAAAGUGUUGGAAGAGACAGAAAAGUAAAGGAAGAGAAAAGACCCAAUUAGGUACACUACUUAAAUACAACCACUAACGUAACAUUUUGAACUUUUAGUCUUUUUUUGGCUUGGUUUUACGUAGUAGUUGAGAUCAUACUGACUAUAAAGUUUUGUAUUCUACUUUCUCAUUUAACUUUAUAACUUAAAUAUUUUUCCACGGUAUUAUAAGCUCUUCAUAGACAUGAAUGCAGCCUUCCUUUUAUAAAUAAUGUUGGGAUAUUUCUUGGCAUCUUUAUUAGUUCCUUUGAGCACAGUUCCUGUGCUCUGAUAUCAGAGUGAAGUGAAUGAAUCAAACGCCUUACAGUUUUCCCACCUAAUCUUAUUCUCCUCUUUCAACAUUCAGCAAAUAAGUGGGCUUUUUUUUUUUUUUUCUUUAGCCUGUUGUGGUACUCAUUCAGUGACACACCUAUAAUUUUUUAUCUAAUUUUUUUGUCGAAUUGUUGGGUAGGGAAGAAGAAAUGCUGGUAUAGAAGGCAGCCAUAUGAUUUUGAAAGUGGGAUAGGAUGGGAGAUUUAAGGAAGCCUGCCGGUGCUCGGUUAGUUCAAUGUUGGUCUUAUUAUUUUUUAAACCUGUCUUUGUGUCAAAAUGAGAUUUCAUGUUCCUGUCAAAACUUGCAAUUUGAGUACUGUGUUUCUUGUGUUGUCCAAGGAAGAUUGAAAACCUAUAGCAUGUAUGUAGUUAUUUGAAAUCUUAUGAAUGUAUUAAAUAUAUUACUUUUAAGAGACUGUGAUCUUAUCUAUUUUGAGUUAAAAAAAAGCUUUUUUGGAUACAUUAAAUGGUGCUAAGUAAAGGAAAUAGGUAAGGUGUGGUGGUGUCAUUUGCCAGGCUCUUCUCUCUUGGAGAGGUGUGAAGGCCAUGUUU